AUGGGACAGGUGAACGUGUUACGGCUGGUAUUGCUGGUGGCGAGUUUCGUGGCUUUUGGUCAGUGUGAUUCACGCAAGCAGUUCCACAGCCGGUACCUGGGAAGUGUCCCAACGUACGCAAAGACGAUUCCUCUGCGUCUGUUGAGCUGUCUCGAGCACGUGUCACUGCUCGAUUGUGGUAAGCUGUAUUUGCUGCAGAACAUGGAAGCACGUGGCUACCGAUUCGCGGACACCGGCAACAUUACGCACGACGUGCAGCAGGUCCUUCUGCCGGGCUAUCGUGGUGCAGACAAUAGGCUCUUCGCUGAUCGGCUGUUGGCUCUGAACGAGAGUGAGGUGGACGCUCGACUAGGUCGUGGACUUCGAUUACUGUUUAACGAUCGCAUCGUCGACCUACAGCUGGUGCCAGGUGUAGCUGUGCGACUGACACCAAGCAAGACCGAUCAGCUGGAGUUUUCUGUCCGGAAAGCGAUUGAGGCGGUUGAUCCGACGGAGCCUGUUGGUCGGGAUAAAGCGAAAAAGGGCGUCCGGACGGUAUUGCAACUGGGUGUGCCACUUGUUCUGCUGCCCUCGAUGCUGUUGGCAGGUGUCCUGCCGAUGUUGCUGCCCGUGCUGAAGUUCGCCACCAUCUUCUCGAGCAUAGUGAAUCAUGCGGCACUUGCUGCUGCCAUCAUGUACCUGGCGAAGCAGCACGCAGCCGAGCAGGAGAGCAAACAGACGGUGUACUUCAAUGCGGGCUACAACUGA